AUGGGGCUUCGCGAGGCAAAAUGGGUCGGGAAGGGACUCAAUACGUCUGGGCGUCCCCUCAACACCUUUUCUCCUCGCUCAUCCGCCUCCGGCUCGCGCGCGCAGGCUGCCGUGGCAGUCCCCGAACCUCCCAGGAAGCGAUCCAGGAGAGACAGCUCCCCCAGCAACGGCGGCGUCCCGCCCGAGUACGUCACCUCGCGCUUCUUCCCUGGCUCGCCGCGGACCAGGCCACCGCCCGCCUACGAAGCCGGCACCCCCGACGACCCUUACGAGCUCAGGAGCACCACGUCCAACGCCAGCAACGGCAACAACCACCGCGCCUCGCCUGCCACGGCUUCGCUCCCCGAAUAUAGGCAGGCACAGCCCAGGAUCAGCUCCUCGGCCAGGCGUAAGAGGCGGAGAAGGAACCGGCAGCUGCAGCCGCACAUCGUUCCCGGCGACGUCGUCGACCUCUCCUCGACGGGCCACCAGCGAUCCGAGACCCCGGACAGCCCUGAUGUGCUGGCUCGGGAGGGAGACGACGGGAGCCCAUCGCCAUCGCCAUACCGCAGGCUGGAUACGACGCCUGGACGCGCUCCCGUGCGCAAGCGCGCGCAGCCGUCCCCCCCGUCGGAGCCGCACGUCAAGCGGUCCAAGCCCAGUCUGCCGCCCCGGGAGCCCAUCGACAUCUCCGAGGAUGAGCUGCAGGCCAUGUCCCGUCCGGAUGCGCCGCCGUCCGGGGUGGUUCCCAAGAAGAGGAAGACCAACUUUUCCGGCCUCUUGCAGUCGCCGAAGAAGACUGCCGGCCGCUCCCGGGGCGACAUGCAGGUCACCGACUUCGUCUCGCCAUCCAAGCGGAGCCCCAUCGAGCCCGCGAAUGACGGCCAACGGAAGAGCCUGUCGCUGAUCGGCGCCGUCUCCGGCUCGUAUACCUGGUUCCGCGAGCAGUCUGGCGAAGAGGCCCGGCUCCUUCCCCGCAGGAUCAGCCAGCGCGAGAGCGGCAGCACCGAUGCCGACGUGUUCGAUCUGGCCAUCCUCAACGCCGAUGGCGAGACGGUUGAGGAUCCGCCGACCACACGCAGGAGCAGGCUGUGGCUUCAGAUAUCCACGGCCAAGAUACAGAGCGUACGCUACGCCGCGGACAGCCCGUACGUCAGCAUCCAGAGGAGCUCGUCGCCCAGCGCCCCUCCCACCCUCACCCUGCGCUUUGCCUCUGUAGAGGAAGCGCACGGUUUUACCGAGGUCAUGCCUCACAGAAUGCUGCGGGUAUCUCCGCCAUCCGCCCCGGCCGGUGCAGAGCGAGCCGUACCCAGCACAAAGAUCGCUGCCGAGAUCCCCUUCAAGGGCGUAGACGGGGACGGAGAGAAGACGGGCCUCGGGGAGAGCGGAAAGGUCAAGGACAGGAUGCUGCGGAUCUACGACGCUAUAGAUGUAUCGAGGCAAGCCAAGUCGGCUUCGUCGCCGUCGGAUCCUCCACCGCUACGCACAUACGGCAACCGUGAGACGCGCCGUUCAGGACGCCCGUCCCCCGGGCCCGUGGCCGCCGAAACAGCACGCUCUCGAGAGCCGUGGACGGCGAGCAACCCGUCCUGGAUGGACGGCUGGCAUCAGUCGCUGGUGUACCCGGCCACGGGAAAGAACAGGGCGACGGUGGACGCGGCCGACAUACCGAGGCUCGACGAUGGCGAGUUCCUCAACGACAACAUCAUCAGCUUCUACCUCCGCUAUCUCCAGGUGCAGUCGGAGAAGGAGCGCCCAGGGCUGCUCAGCAGGGUGCACAUCUUCAGCAGCUUCUUCUUCGAGAAGCUCAAGGCGUCGACCAGGAACCGGUACGACGGCGUGCGGUCAUGGACGGCCAAGAUUGACCUCUUGUCGUAUGACUACAUCGUCGUCCCCGUCAACGAGAAUGCCCACUGGUACCUGGCCGUCAUAUGCAACGUGUCGAGGGCGCUGCCUGGGGCCCAAGACGGCGGGUCGCCGGAGAGAUCAAAGGACGGGGCUGCCGCUGAAGCCAACCUGCCCGCCGUGGAAGAACGGGUCAGGCGGAUAUCUAUCGGAAGCGGGAGCCUGACGACACCCGUGAGGGCCACACGAGCAGCCGACACGAACAGUCCGCCCCCCCGCACCCCGACGCCCAGCAGGCAAUACAGCAGCAGCAGCAGCAGCAGGCCGAGACCCCCCAGAAGAUCCACGGGCGGGGGGGAACCCGACGCCAAGGAGCCCAAGAUCAUCACCCUCGACUCCCUCGGCAGCGCCCACCCCUCCACGUGCAGGAUCCUUAGGGAGUAUCUAGCCGAGGAAGCCAAGGACAAGAAGGGCGUAGAGCUGGCAUUCAGCCCCUCGGGCAUGACGGCAAAGGGCAUCCCCGAGCAGGACAACUUCUGCGACUGCGGCGUCUUCGUCCUGGGAUACAUGGAGGAGCUCAUGCGGGAUCCCGAUGCGGCGUGUGCGAAGCUGCUCCGCAGAGAACCGCUGGGCUGGGACGUCAACCCGGUCAGGCUGCGUGCGCGGAUCAGGGACCUGCUCUUCGACCUGCAGCGGGAGCAGAAGGAGCGGCACGACAUGGAGAAGGCGGAGAGGAAGAGGGCCAAGAGGGAGAAGAGGGAGAAGACGGAGAAGACUCGGACACCCAGUGCCGCUACUUCGGCCGCUGCCUCCCCCGCGGCUUCCGCUGCUCCUGCUCCUGCUGCUGCUGCUGUGACAUCGUCAGAUGAGCAGACGUCAGCGGAUAAGACCGCCAGCCUGCCAUACGACACUGAGCAGCCAGAGACUGGCGACGGGGAGACGGAAGAGGAUAACGGCCACGUAACCUCUCAUCAUCGUCAUCACCAUCAGCAGCAGCAGCAGCAGCAGCAAGGACGAGGGCGGCAAGACGUGGAGACGAGAGAGAGUCCUCGAGCCGUCGACCGCAUCGGAGAUGAGGACACGUCUAGUAAGAAGGACGACCAGUCUUGGGUAGAUUCAGAGCAUCUCCACGAUGCGAAGACCACCACUUCUCACGACCAAGGUCCGACUACUUUGAAGUCGAGGGCCACCUCACCGGAAUGGAUGGACACUCCUCCUCCACCUCUACCCGCCGCUCCUACCACCCGUCAUUCUCCGACCACCGCCGCUCCCGCCCCCGCCCCUACUACAUUUGUCGAGAGGAUUCCCAGCUCAGCAUCCGAAGACGACGGCGAAUCAUCACGUGGCCACCGUACCAGAAAGACUAGUGACGAGAUCACGGCACGGCAAACAAGACCGGUCGUCCAAUCCAUCGAGAUCAACGACGAUGACGAUGGCGACGACGCCGGAUCCAAGAGCGCAGCGGUCACACCUCGACAAGCGCGCUCACGGCCGCAACAUCGCCACAGCGUAUCCGCCUCGUUCUCUAGGAGAUUGCGAAAGCCCGACGUCAUUGUCGAUGUGGACGCACCUCCAGACGUGGACACGGAUAUGGAAGUGAAGAUGGGAGUGGACCCGACGAGACGGAAACCCGAGUAUCACGGCAUCGAGAGGUUCAGAGAUGAAGAUCAGAUCUAG